CAUCCACUCGGGUAAGCAUGCAAUUCUCAGUUACUGGAAUGUCCCGGUUGGCUAUCCAGACAGGGGCAGCUGUGGACGAAUUGCGAGUGCCAAACAUCAAUGCCAGAAGUUCGCGUGUUCUUGGAGUCCUGCCUUCCGCGACCGCGCUUAGCAAACGAUAGCUUCCGGACCUGCCAUCACCUGGAGAUUCAGGGGCACUCUCAUUGAUGAAAGUUCUCCAUCCCUCGGGAGGAACAACGCAACCACUUGCUGCUUCAUGAGGAGACCCUCUCUGGAUCCUUUUUUCUGGAUAGGGAACACACGUUCUCCGCUUGCAAGCUCCAGGAAAACGUGUAGCGACAGUAGCGUGGCGACCUUUCGGGCUUUCAGGGACUAGACUUGACUUGGUUCUUCGGGCUUCGGAUUCACUAACGAGAAGAAGCUAAGUUUGGAUUGCUUUUUUUCUUUGACUCCUGUUGUGUUUGUGAAGGAUGUGACAUCCCGUGAGUACCAUUCAAAUUUCAUGUAAAGUUAGCUUCGUCUUUGCAAGGGAUUGCUGGCACAAAGUAGAGGAUCCGCUUGAAACACAGGUCAAUUUUACCUUAUCGUAUCGUGUCAUGUUUUUCUUCUGCAAUUUCUGUCCUGUCCAGACUUUCAGGAACUAGACUUGACUGGAAGUGAGGCUGUUUCUUUCGGGCUUGGAAUUGACUAAGUCGAAGGAGAAGAAGCAGAAUCAACUUACAGCUCUAGCAAAUCAACAGAGCCCUCUGCAGAUGUACGCAAUGAAGCUGCUUAUUGUCUCAGUCUUCCUGGUGUGGAUGAUUUCUAUACUUGCGCACGGAACCAAGUAUCAUCUGCCACAAGGGUGGGAAGUAGUAAACAACAACAGGCUGCCAGAAUUCACAGCAUCACAAGGCAACGCGAGCUAUCGGCUGCUCCAAGCGGGUAACACAUCCCUCGUAAGUCAGGAUGGGAGAUUUGCUUUAUCCUUCUUCCGAUUCAAUGACUCGCCCAGGUACUACUUUGCAUUAGUCUUUGGUGCCAGCAAUUAUACGAGCAGCUCAGCAUCAGGUGUCUGUGUUUGGAGUGCAAACCGGGACAAUCCUGUUACUGAAAAUGCGACUCUUCAACUCUCGGAUCAAGGUCUGUUGCAAGUUAUGGAUUCAGAUGGAAGAGUGGUCUGGAAUUCUCCCCGUGGAGUUUCUGGGAUAGAGGUUCAAGACAGUGGGAACGUCGUUCUCUACGACUCCACAGGUGGUGUCUCCUGGCAGAGUUUCGAUCAUCCUACAGAUGUUCUCUUGGAGGGACAGGUUAUAGUUACGGGACAGAGCCUCGUGAGCAGCAGCAGUUCAUCGAGCCUGUCAAGUGGGAGCAUGAAGAUGGAAGUUGUGGCAAGCGGUCUUAUUUUCUUGCUGGAGCUUGAUACCGUGCAGCCUUACCUGGUUUGGAACAUGUGGAAUGGUAACUUGCCGUCGGACGUGACAUCGAUCAACACGUCGUGCCCGUCUUAUCGAAUAGCUCUCCAUUAUUCUGCUGGAAGUGUAGAAGGGAGAUACCAGGCAACAAGAAACAACACCAGUGAUCAGCCAUGCGGGCCUCCCACCGCCGCAGUACUUGGAAACUAUAGCAGCACUGACUUACACUAUCUCAAACUUGACAUCGAUGGAAAGCUGAUUCCUUACAUCUAUAACUUUGGACGAGCUUCGUGGGAAUCCGGCCAGCCUUUCAUGAGCAACAUAUUUGGAUCCUGCCUCCCGAUGACGUGCGAGUCACACAGUGUUUGCGCCGGAAGCUCUCAGUGCAGCUGUAUAGUCCAAGGCCAGGAUGGGGAUCAGGAGCAAACUUGCCCGAGUCCGAGCGACAUACCUCUCGUGUGCAACCACGAAGUCGAGGCUGAGAACCACCAUUUUUUCAACGUGACUGGAGCAGGCUACUUCUCCAACAAUUACACCAAGGCCGACAGAGUUUCCACCUUGAGCGAUUGUUGGAACUUGUGCCUAUCGAAUUGCUCCUGCAGCGCACUCUUUUACAACAAGCAGGCAAGCACCUGUUUUUUCGUCGACCGGAUGUAUGGAGGCCUCACCAGAGAUCCAAACUUCGAUGGUUUCCUCAAGCUACAAAACGCAGAGCUUUUUGUGCGGGAGGGGCCCAAGGAUCGCACACUUUUGCUUGGAGUGAGCAUUGCUGCCGGCUUUGUUCUGCUAUUAACCUUGGGCUUGGUCGCGCUGAGAAUCUGGAAGCACAAACUCGACAAGGACGCAAGAACUUUGUCUCUGGCACUGCAAGGCUCGGCUCAGAAGUACGCUUACAGGGAGCUUGAGGUGGCGACUGCGAGCUUCUCGUCAAGCGUUGGAAAAGGUGGCUAUGGAACUGUGUUUAAAGGGACGCUGGCAGACGGUAGACAGGUGGCAGUCAAGCGUCUGGAAGAUCCCAAGCACAGUGAGAAGGGAUUUAUCGCAGAGAUGGCCUCGCUGGGACGGAUUAGCCACCACAACGUCGUCCAACUCUAUGGCUUUUGCUCCGAGAAGAACCAGCUCAUACUCGUCUACGAGUUUAUGGCAAACGGAUCCUUGGAUAAGUGGCUGUUUGAGGAUGGCUGCCUGGGAUGGGAGAUACGCCGGAGUAUUGCUCUUGGAUUGGCUCGAGGUCUGGCUUACUUGCACGAGGAAUCGCGGCAGCUUAUCAUCCAUCUCGACAUCAAGCCCGACAACGUUCUUCUCGACGAUAAGUUUUGUCCCAAGCUCGCAGAUUUUGGCUUGGCAAAGCUGGCCAAGAGCCGGGACGCAAGCCAGACCGUGACUGAUGUUCGAGGAACUCCAGGAUAUCUCGCCCCGGAGUGGCUCUUAAACUCGGCAGCGACGAAGAAAUGCGACGUCUACAGCUAUGGCAUGGUGCUGCUGGAGCUCAUAGGUGGGCGAAGGAACCUCUCCAAGCGUUUUAUCUUCGGCAGUGGCGGGCACGACGAUCGCUCCAUGGACGAGGAAGAACGGGCUUUGUGGUGGUACUUCCCGGCCUGGGUCGUGGCUCUAGCGAGAAAAGGGGAGUUUCUCCGGGUUGUGGACGCGAAGAUCCGAGACACUGUAGAGGAGGAUCAAGUGAGAAAGCUCGUCCAGGUCGCGCUGUGGUGUAUCCAGGAUGAUCCAAGGAGAAGGCCGUCGAUGGAUGCAGUCGUCCAGAUGCUGGAAGGCCGGAGGGAGAUUUCGGAGCCGCCACUCUCCUUCCGGUUUGCGUUGAAAUCUCCGGGAGUUCUUCGAUUUGCUUCCACUGCUUCCAUGGGCGUAAGCGUGGCGGUACCGACUGAGCUCUCAGGUCCAAGGUAGCAAAAUUUGAAUGAGUGGAUAUGCCUGGAAUAUGCGAAUUUUAAACUUCUAUACCGAGCUAGAAUAUUCUUACAUAAA